GCGGCGCGUCAAGCUUCUAUCUUGUCUAUGGUAUACGCGGCGUGGAGAACUGUCAAAAACCGAACGGUACCGUAUACCGCAACAAGCAUAAUUUUUACGAAUAAUCUGUGAAAAUGGUUGAGAAUAACGAAGUAGAGCUGUCUGAGGCUGAAGCUGAACAGUACGAUCGUCAAAUUCGUCUGUGGGGUCUGGAAUCUCAGAAACGACUACGUGCCUCCAAAGUAUUAAUAAUCGGGUUAUCCGGCCUCGGCGCCGAAACUGCAAAAAAUAUAAUUCUCUCCGGAGUAAAGAGCGUUUGUUUGCUAGACAACGAGAAACUUAAAGAAGUCGAUUUGUACUCUCAGUUUUUAACUCCGCCGGAUAAGAUCGGUGAGAAUCGCGCCGAAGCCUCUUUGACUAGAGCGCGCGCUUUAAAUCCAAUGGUGGAUAUAACAGCGGAAACAAAGGGAGUCGACGAGCUGCCGGACAGCUUCUUUACUGCUUUCGAUAUUGUGUGCGCGACCGGACUCAAGCAGGAGCAGCUAGAGCGUAUCAACAAUGUGUGCCGUGACAACAACAAGAAGUUCCUUUGCGGCGACGUUUGGGGCAUGUUCGGGUACAUGUUCGCGGACCUCGUCGACCACGAGUACUCGGAAGAAAUCGUUCAACAUAAAGCGGUAAAGCGAGGCCCUGAUGACGAAGAAAAAAGCGCAAGGGAGACAGUAUCUAUCACUGUUAAACGCCGAGCCAUCUACGUGCCGCUGCAGAAUGCUUUGUCAGCGGAUUGGUCGAAACCUGAGCUCCGCUCCCGCCUCCGCCGCGGCGAUCCUUCCUACUUCGUCAUGAAGAUCUUAUCACGCUUCCGAGAUGAGUACAAUAGGAAUCCAGACCCAGCUAAACGUAGAGCUGAUACAGAAAUACUACUAAAAAUGAGGGAUGAGCUUGCUAAGGAACUAUCGCUACCAGCUGGGUUUGUAACUGAUGAUCUUUUAACUAAUGUAUUUGGUACAGUAUCGGGAGCUGCAGCGGUGGUGGGCGGAGUCAUCGGACAGGAAGUAGUCAAGGCAGUCAGCCAGCGAGAGCCUCCGCAUAACAACAUGUUCUUCUUUAACCCGGUAAAAUGUGUUGGUUUUGUAGAACUUUACGGUCAAUAACAAUCUUUUUAAUUUUAGAAUCUAAGCUGUAACUUUUUAAGUCAAUUUAUAAUUAUAAUUUAAAAGCA